AUGACCUCGCCCGGGGCCGGGUUGCUCCUGCCGCUGGCCCUGAUGCUCCACGCUGCCACGGUCCUCGGGUCCAGCCAGUUCCGGAUGUCGCCCCGGGAGGUGAGGGGGACCCUGGGCCAGCGGGUGGAGCUGCAAUGCGAGGUGCUGCUGACCACGGCGACCGGCUGCUCGUGGCUCUUCCAGCGGCGCGGAGCCGCCGCCAGCCCGGUCUUCCUAAUGUACAGCUCCAAAGUCCGGACCAAGCUGGCCGAGGAGCUGGACGCCACCCAGUUCUCCGGCGGGAGGACACAGGACAACGUCUACAGCCUGGUCCUGACCCGCUUCGGCGAAGAGAACCAAGGCUACUACUUCUGCGCGGCCUUGAGCAAUUCCGUUCUGCACUUCAGCCCUUUCGUGCCCGUCUUCUUGCCAGAGAAGCCCCCCACGACGCCCGCGCCGCGACCACCCACGCCGGCGCACACCAGCGCAUCGCCGCCGGUGAUCCUGCGCCCAGGGGGGUGCCGGCCGGCCGCUGGCUCUGCAGCGGAUAACAGAGGACUGAAAUUCGACUGUGCUAUCUACAUCUGGGCGCCUCUGGCUGGGAUCUGCGUGGUUCUUCUCCUGUCCCUGGUCAUCACCGUCAUCUGCAGCCGCAGGAACCGAAGACGCGUUUGCAAAUGUCCCAGGCCCCUGGUCAGACCGGGAGGCAAGCCCAAGCCUUCGGAGAGAUUCGUCUAACACGGCGACGGGCCCUGUGCGACAGCCACUACAAGACUUCAGACUGAUCAAGACUCUCCCCGUCUCCCCUUUUGUGUUUUUCCGCCUUCCUUCUUCAUGUAUUCAUUCUC